GAGACCAUCACCCCUUCACCCUCUCGCGCUCGUCUCCCUUCCUCCUCGUCUUCGGCGGCGGCGGCGGCGCGGCGCGGCGGAGAUGUUGUCCGGUGACAUACCCCCGAACCAGACGGUCUACCUCAGGAACCUCAACGAGAAGGUCAAGAAAGAAGAAUUAAAGAGAUCACUCUAUGCGUUGUGCUCCCAGUAUGGGAGGAUACUGGAUGUGGUGGCCUUAAAAACUCCUAAACUGAGGGGGCAGGCGUGGGUGGUCUUUAGCGAAAUUACAGCUGCCACAAAUGCCUUCCGCGGACUGCAGGACUUUGAUUUUUAUGGCAAAAGAAUGCGAGUGCAAUAUGCAAAAACAAAAUCUGACUGUCUUUUAACCGAAGAUGGUUCUUCUGCUCCAAAAGAGAAAAGGAAAAAGCAAGAGGAGAAAGCAGCUGAGAAAAAACGACGAGCUGAAGAGGCACAACAAUCUGGUCCUAAUGCUGCUGCUGCCCAGAGCAAUGGGACUGGUUAUCAAGCUUCUCGCCUGGGCAAGACGUCGCAAGAGCCACCUGCACCCCCAAACAAUAUCCUUUUCAUCCAGAACUUACCAGCUGAGACCACAAGCAUGAUGCUCCAGAUCCUGUUCCAGCAGUACCCUGGUUUCAGGGAAGUCCGAAUCAUUGAAGCCAAGCCAGGCAUUGCUUUUGUGGAAUACGAGGAUGAUAGCCAGUCUAUGGUUGCAAUGCAAGCUCUGCAUGGUUUCAAGAUCACCCCAUACAACCCAAUGGCUGUAUCUUACGCAAAGAAGUGAGCAAUCCAUGGGAUCCCACAAAUUGGCGAAAAAAAAACUCUGUACUUGUAAGACUUUCCACCCUAGCUUUCAAACUGCUGUAUCAGUUUUCUAAUGUAUUUUUGGAAAGCACUUGCUUAGUUUAGAAGUCUUUGUUGCUUAAAUCAGAUUUGGUCUUCAUUCUUUU